CAUCGCUCGCAGAAAGCUAACGCUAGCCGAGUUGUUAGCUCACAAGGUUUAUUGUAGGUCCGGUCGUCCGCCUGAAUUCUGCCGCACAGCGAAUACCGUACAACGUGAAUCCAAGGAGCGGACGACGAUGUAGUCGCUUGUCAUUGGUUGUAAUUACUUAGCAGUCUGCGGUGUUAGCGUUUGUGCGUUCUGUUGUGUUUAGCGUUAUUUUCUGAUUUUCAUCGCCGCACCCUCCAUAUUAUUAUUAUUUUUUUUUUAUUGUGGGCUAGCUAGCGAUCGUUUGCUUGUAGCUAAUGCUAAUGCCGUCCGGGGAGCAGCAGGUGUAACGCUAUUCCAAUAACGGGAGGCAACGAACCAGCUACUCGGAAGCGUCACUUUUGUCUUAAAUUACUGCGAAGCUUAUUUUAAUUCUAAUUCCGAUUCGGAUUGAUGCAACACCUUCCCGGGAGUGUAAAUUGUCGCAAUAACGUUAUUUAGUUAACGUUAGCCAGUCCACCGCAGUCACCAUGACGGGUGAGAAGAUCCGCACCCUCCGAAAGGACCACAACAAACCGAACAAAAAUGAGGAGAUAAUGGACACGUGUGACGACGCCUCGAACGGGACCAUCCCCAACGGCACCGGGACCCAUUUCAGGUCCAACAAGGUCGUCCAGAAAGCUGUCAGAACCUCGGCGCUGCAGCAGCAGCAUCAGCAUCAUCAGCACAACGCGAACAACAUCAACGGCAACCCCCCCGCGGUCGGCAGCAUCGUCAACGACAACGACAACAACAAGAACCCGAUCAUCCUGAGCAGCGAGGCCUUGGACUUCCCGGUGCACGAGUGCGUGUUCAAGGGGGAUGUGCGUCGGCUCUCCUCUCUCAUCAGGACCCACAGCAUCUCGCAGAAAGACGUACACGGGAACACGCCUCUCCACUUGGCCGUGAUGAUGGGCGCCAAAGAGUGCGCCCUGCUUCUACUGGCCCAUAAUGCUCCUGUGAAGAUAAAGAAUGCUCAGGGAUGGAGUCCUCUGGCUGAGGCCAUCAGCUACGGGGACCGGCAGAUGAUCACAGCGAUCCUGCGGAAGUUAAAGCAGCAGUCCAGGGAGAGCGUGCAGGACAAGAGGCCCAAAUUACUGAACGCCCUGAAGGAGCUGGGGGACUUCUAUCUGGAGCUGCACUGGGACUUCCAGAGCUGGGUGCCUUUGCUGUCCCGGAUGCUGCCGUCCGAUGCCUGUAAAAUCUACAAGCAGGGCAUCAACAUCAGACUCGACACCACUCUCAUAGACUUCAGCGACAUGAAGUGUCAGCGCGGCGACCUCAGCUUCAUCUUCAACGGCGAGGCGGCGCCCUCCCAGAGCUUUGUGGUCCUGGACAAUGAAGCCAAAGUGUACCAAAGAAUCCACCACGAGGAGUCUGAGAUGGAGACCGAGGAGGAGGUGGACAUCCUGAUGAGCAGCGACGUCUACUCGGCGACUCUGUCCACAAAGUCCAUCUCCUUCGCCCGCAGUCAGAUCGGCUGGCUCUUCAGGGAGGACAAGACGGAGAGGAUCGGAAACUUCCUGGCGGACUUCUACGCCGUGAACGGCCUGGUGCUGGAGUCGCGGAAGCGGCGGGAGCACUUGAGCGAGGAGGACAUCUUGAGGAACAAAGCCAUCAUGGAGAGCCUGAGCAAAGGAGGCGGCAUCAGCGAGCAGAACUUUGAGCCCGUGAGACGGCUGUCCCUCACGGCCCCAGCACCCAACACGGUUUCUUGGGAGGAGUACAUCACUGCGGAGCAGGGGAAGCCCCCCCAUCUUGGCAGAGAGCUGGUGUGUAAAGAGAGCAAGAAGAACUUCAAAGCUAAUGUAGCCAUGAGCCAGGAUUUCCCUCUGGGCAUCGAGUCGUUACUCAACGUGCUGGAGGUCGUCGCCCCCUUCAAGCACUUCAACAAACUCCGGGAGUUCGUCCAGAUGAAACUCCCCCCGGGGUUUCCCGUCAAACUGGACAUCCCCGUCUUCCCCACCAUCACGGCCACAGUCACCUUCCAGGAAUUCCGCUACGACCAAUUCCAAGAGUCUACUUUCGUCAUCCCGGCCGAGUACAAAGAAGAUCCCAGUCGCUUCCCCGACCUCUGACCUGUAAACACGUCUGACACCAACAGGAAGUGACCCGCAGGCUUGGAGAGGAAUCCUGUAUUGUUUCAUUCUAUAUGUUAUGUUUCUAAGAAAAGGAAACUGGUUUUAUUGAGUUGUACUUUUCUUGCUGCGAAUGGAUGCAAACAGAUGUUGGCACAUCAGGCUCACAUGUAGAUGCAUAUCUUCCGUUCCUAGUCCAAAGGGCGAUGGCGACACAGCCCGGACUUUCCAUAGUCACCAUUUUAAUAUCUAUAACCUGAACUCUCCCAACCGCGCUGUCAUCUGUAACCCAUCAGGAAAAAAAUAUAUAGCUAUAUCCUCAAACUGAGCUUAAUAUUGAUUUAUAAAUGUACUGUAUACAUGAACUCAAAAGGAGUGAAACACUGUAGCAAUACACUUCCAGUACGUAAGAAUGCUGUUAACCAGCUGGGAGGAGGCGGGGCUUAGAACAUGGCAGCGACCUCCUGCGCCUUCGGGUCGGCUCACGUUACCUCUCGGCUGUCACCGUCCUGCGAGUGGACACGUGUGUGUGUGUGUGUGUGUGUGUGUGUGUGAGAGAGAGAGAACCCAGAGGGGAUAUCAGGUAAACUGGUCCUAGUUUAAUACUGCACUGAUAUUAGGUAUAUUUAAGGCAUGCUGGUCCACGUGCAUCUUUCAGCUGUAUUCUGAGCAUUUUGUCACGUUACCUGCAGACUUCUUGGUAUUCGCAUUAAAAGGGAAACACUGAAUUGCAACACUAA